GGACCCGCACGCCAAGCACCUGUACACGGCCGACAUGUUCACGCACGGGAUCCAGAGCGCCGCGCACUUCGUCAUGUUCUUCGCGCCCUGGUGUGGACACUGCCAGCGGCUGCAGCCGACUUGGAAUGACCUGGGGGACAAGUACAACAGCAUGGAGGACGCCAAGGUGUACGUGGCCAAGGUGGACUGCACGGCCGACUCGGAGGUGUGCUCCGCCCAGGGUGUGCGAGGAUACCCCACCCUCAAGUUUUUUAAGCCUGGCCAAGAAGCUGUGAAGUACCAGGGUCCUCGGGACUUCCAGACCCUGGAGAACUGGAUGCUGCAGACGCUGAACGAGGAGCCGGCCACGCCAGAGCCAGCCGCGGAACCCCCCAGAGCCCCGGAGCUCAAGCAGGGCCUGUACGAGCUCUCGGCCAGCAACUUCGCGCUGCACGUGGCACAGGGCGACCACUUUAUCAAGUUCUUCGCUCCGUGGUGCGGCCACUGCAAAGCUCUGGCUCCGACCUGGGAGCAGCUGGCUCUGGGCCUUGAACAUUCCGAAACUGUCAAGAUUGGCAAGGUGGACUGCACGCAGCACUACGGACUCUGCUCAGAAAACCAGGUCCGCGGCUAUCCUACUCUUCUCUGGUUCCGAGACGGUAAGAAGGUCGAUCAGUACAAGGGAAAGCGGGACUUGGAGUCACUGAGAGACUAUGUGGAGUCGCAGCUGCAGGGUCCAGAGACGGGAACCCCAGAGACUGUGGAGCCCUCAGAGGCACCAGCGAUGGCAGCGGAGCCCACAGGUGACAAGGUCGCCGUGUUGGCACUCACUGAAAAGAACUUUGACGACAGCGUUGCAGAAGGAAUGACCUUCAUCAAGUUUUAUGCUCCGUGGUGCGGUCACUGUAAGAAUCUGGCUCCCACGUGGGAGGAACUCGCUCAGAAGGAAUUCCCAGGUCUGGCCAAUGUCAAGAUCGCUGAGGUCGACUGCACCGUGGAGCGGGACGUUUGCAGCAAGUACUCGGUACGAGGCUACCCCACCUUGUUGCUUUUCCGGGGAGGCAAAAAAGUCGGUGAGCACAGCGGCGGUCGAGACCUGGAGUCCUUACACCAGUUCGUCCUGCGCCAGGCGAAAGACGAACUCUGAAACCCACCAGGGAGUCUCCUGUCCUGCCUGGCCACCCGACACCCGGUGGACAGGAGCGACGUCGUUCGGACAUCCAGGGUUCGAGGGAUGGUUAUCCAGAAAGCUGAAUGUAUGAACUUGUGGUGUCUCCUUCACGUGUUUUUUUUAAGCCAACUCGCUCUACGGAUUCUUGAUUUAAGUUCCUCUAAGCCAAUGUGUCACUCAUGGUCACUGUGCAAGUGAAAUGUUCUCAGUGGCAAUCCACCCCCUCCACCACCCUUUUCUUGAUGAAAUUAAAGGGGUUUCCUCUGAGACUAAAAGAGUCAAGGGAAAUGAAGUUACUGGACUAUUUUGGGCUCCCAAGUGAUUUUUGAUAAAAGCAUCACCCCCCCCCCAAAAAAAACAUAGUUCUUUGCACUGCCCCUGAGUUCUGCAGAGGUGGCCUUGUGGCAGAAUUGAUAUUUUCUCUGACCUGAAGGUCACAACUGACUUGUUAAUCAUGUGGCUGGUUUGUACCUUGGAGCAGAUUUCAACACACAAACCUGUCCCCAUGGGAAAUACCCUCGUGGCCACUGCUGAGUCUUGUUCUGUGGGGACUGACUUACUUCUCUUGUGGGCGGAAGUCCCCCAUAAUACUGCAGUGGCACUGUGGGCCGCGCCCCAGCACUUGUGCCGAGCCCGUCAUUCGAUGCCCCCCCCCCAGCAGUUCUCGUCACAGGGGACUCAUGUUUGCUUCACACGGGCACCAGGUUUCAUCCGCUCGUGUGAACACAAAGCCGGGGUCCCUGUGAACAUUAGGGUUCCAUGUCUUCCGUACAAAGUGCGUGCGGGGGAGGAAAGUCCCACUCGUCUGGUCCUAACUGCCCUGUCAGCCAGUGGCAGAUGCUGGCUGUGUCUGCCACCUGGGGCGACAGGACCAGAGGGGCUUUCUCAGGCCUGCAGCUCCACUCCGGAGCCCCUGGAGAAAUGGCUUCUGAUUCUGUUCCUCAGUCAUCCUCCUGUGAACCUGCUAUGUGCUGUCUGCCUUGGAGGAGGUCGGCUUUCUAAUAUGCCAACAGAGGGACCUCGAGACCAAAGACUGACGUCGGCAGGUUGCGCUGGCCCCCACGUGCCCAGAGGUCAGUGUCGGCCCCCUCCUAACUCAGGCCACGCUUGGCAACUGGACGUCCUUCCUAGCACCCUUGGACAUGAGCACCCGUGGGAUGGAGCUCAUGAUGACCACCUGGCGACCAGCCCCCUCCCCCACCCCAAGCACAGGGCGUCAUCCCCAGGUAGCGAGCGCAGAGCAGCUGGCGUGGGGACUCUCAGAAGCAAGACCACAUCUACUGUCUGAGGCAGACGGUAACAAAGCAGCAUCUCCGCCAGCCUCUGCCUCAAAGGAAAUCUUUAUUCAUCAGGUGUGGUUCACAGAUAUCCUUCAGAAAAAAAAAAAAAAAAA